GCACGUCUUUCAUUUGCCUCCUUUUCCAAUCCCAUCUGCCGCCAAAUUCUGGAAUACCUGAACCAUGGCUAACAUAAACACGACUGAGGUGGAUCCAACAAAGAUGGGGGUCGGACGGGCCAUCGCUGUGCUGACGUCAGGUGGUGAUGCCCAGGGGAUGAAUGCAGCUGUGAGGGCCACUGUCAGAGUUGGUCUUUACACUGGAGCUAAAGUCUUCUUCGUCCAUGAGGGCUAUCAGGGAUUGGUUGAUGGAGGGGAUCACAUCCGUCCUGCUACAUGGGAGAGUGUGUCCAUGAUGCUGCAGCUGGGUGGGACAGUAAUUGGCAGCGCCCGCUGUAAGGAUUUCCAGACCAGAGAAGGGCGUUUAAAGGCUGCAUACAAUCUUGUCAAAUUAGGCAUCACUAACCUCUGUGUAAUCGGCGGUGAUGGCAGUCUGACCGGUGCCAACAUAUUUCGCACAGAGUGGAGUGACUUGCUGAAAGAUCAUGUCAGCAAAGGUAAGAUCACCAAGGAAGAGGCCAAAGCUUCAUCUCAUCUGAAUAUUGUGGGUAUGGUUGGCUCCAUAGACAAUGACUUUUGUGGAACGGACAUGACUAUUGGCACAGACUCGGCCCUGCAUCGCAUCAUUGAGGUGGUGGACAGUAUCACCACAACAGCACAAAGCCACCAACGUGCGUUUAUCCUGGAGGUCAUGGGCAGACACUGUGGCUAUCUAGCACUGGUUACUGCUCUUGCAUGUGGUGCCGACUGGGUGUUUAUUCCAGAGAUGCCUCCAGAUGAUGGCUGGGAGGAGCACUUGUGCAGAAGACUAACAGAGACCAGAAAUGCAGGUUCUCGUCUCAAUGUGAUCAUCGUGGCUGAGGGAGCCAUCAAUAAAGAAGGACAACCAAUCACCUGUGACCAGCUGAAAGAUCUGGUGACAAAGAGGCUGGGCUUUGACACUCGUGCCACUAUUCUUGGACACGUGCAGAGAGGUGGAACCCCUUCAGCUUUUGACAGAGUGCUAGGCAGUCGGAUGGGUGUGGAGGCUGUAAUGGCUCUGCUGGAAGCCACUCCAGAGACCCCUGCGUGUGUGGUCAGUCUGACCGGGAACCAGGCUGUUAGACUCCCCCUGAUGGAGUGUGUACAAGUGACCAAGGAUGUCACUAUUGCAAUGAAUGAGGGUCGAUUCGAUGAUGCUGUAAAGCUCAGAGGAAGGAGUUUUGAGAAUAACUGGAACACAUAUAAGCUUUUGGCUCAUAUUCGCCCCCCAGAUAAGAAGAGUAACAUUAAUGUGGCCAUCCUGAACGUGGGUGCUCCCUGCGCUGGCAUGAACGCAGCUGUGCGUGCAGCUGUUAGGAUCGGCAUCAUCCAAGGCCACAACAUGCUGGCGGUCCAUGAUGGCUUUGAGGGUCUGGCUCAAGCAAAGAUUGAGCCUAUCACCUGGAACACUGUUGGAGAUUGGACAGGGAAAGGUGGAUCUGACUUGGGAACUAAAAGACUAUUGCCUGGAAAAUACAUGGAGGAGAUCAGCCUGAAUAUUGCCAAGUAUAAUAUUCACGCUCUGGUUAUCAUCGGUGGUUUUGAGGCAUUUUCAGGUGGACUGGAAAUGGUUCAAGGCAGAGAAAAGUAUGAAGAGCUGUGUAUUCCUAUGGUGAUCAUUCCUGCUACUGUAUCAAACAACGUGCCCGGCUCAGACUUCAGCAUUGGAGCAGACACUGCCCUUAAUACCAUCACCACGACCUGUGACAGGAUCAAGCAGUCGGCAGCAGGAACUAAGCGACGUGUGUUCAUCAUUGAAACUAUGGGAGGAUACUGCGGUUACCUGGCCACAAUGUCUGGUCUCUCUGCCGGAGCUGAUGCUGCUUACAUAUUCGAGGAGAAAUUUGGCAUUCGUGACCUAGAGAGAAAUGUGGAACAUCUUGUUGAGAAGAUGAAAACCACUGUUAAGAGAGGCCUAAUUCUCAGAAAUGAGAACAGCAAUUCCAACUACACCACCGAUUUCAUCUUCAACCUGUAUUCAGAGGAAGGGAAAGGUGUUUUUGACUGCCGUAAGAAUGUCCUUGGCCAUAUGCAGCAGGGUGGCACCCCAACACCUUUUGAUAGAAACUUUGCUACCAAAAUGGGUGCCAAGGCUGUUCUCUGGCUGACAGAAAAACUGAAGGAUUGUUAUAGACAUGGGCGAAUCUUUGCCAACACCCCAGACUCUGCAUGUGUGUUAGGCAUGAGGAAGAGAGGACUGGUGUUACAGCCUCUAGCUGAAUUGAAAGAAGAGACCGAUUUUGAACACCGUAUACCAAAGAGCCAGUGGUGGUUAAAGCUGAGGCCUAUUAUGAAGAUCCUGGCCAAGUACAAGAUUAAUCUGGACACCUCUGAACAUGCUCUAAUGGAGCACGUUGUCAGCAAGAAGCCUCCGGUGCACAUGACCCUCACAAAGUAAAUCGGGAGUGUGAAUGAGGACAGAUGUGACUACACAGAGCAAACACUUCAAGAGAACGAUCAGGAAUGUAGCUAGUUCUGUUGUGUAUUCACCUCUCUGUUGUAUUCUUUCAUCUUGUUUGUAUUUAUAGUAUUUAUGAUAUUGCAAUGUAUCCAAAGUAAAAUUAUCUAAUAAUUAUUAAA